AAUGUACUUUACAAUUACUUCUCCCCCAAGGACGGUAACUGCGACUAGAUUCACAAGAUGAGUAAAUCGGAGUCUCCAGUUCCAGGGAAUAACAGAAAAGCUAUAGCAUUACAACGGUGGAGAAUCUUGCGACAGGCAUUGAAAGGCAGCAGUUCAUCAGAGACAUGUACAAGUGAUGUCUCGGUUCGACGAUUUGCUGGUUAUGGAUUAUUGAAGACAGAGAAGUUGUCUAUAACACCUGAGGGUAGUGUGUGGUAUAAAUACUCAGCCCCAAACCAUCCGGGAUUUAGCAUGUCAGUCAGGCAUUUGCCAGGCACUAUUGAUGCUAGUACACUGCUGGGCUUUAACAACACAGGCAAUGUUUGUGUGUGGCCAGCAGAAGAAGUGAUGACUGAUUACUGCAUGAAAAACUCUGAACAAUUCAGGGACUGCUCAGUUUGUGAGCUAGGAGGGGGUAUGACCUGCUUGGCUGGAUUAGCUUUGGCCAUUGUUUCCAAGGCAACUAGUAUACUGCUAAGUGAUGGAAAUGAAGAAUCUGUUCAAAAUCUUAAUGUCAUCCUUGACUAUGAAGAGAACCAGUCAAAGUUUGGCAACACAGAUGUCUCAUCAAGACUUAUUCGCUGGGGAAGUGACACAAAACAUGAAGACUUAGAGGUUAAAUUUGAUUUUGUUUUAUGUGCUGACUGCCUGUUCUUUGAUGAAGGCAGGGAUGAUCUUGCAGAUUUAAUCUCAGACAUACUGAAACCUGGUGGUACAGCCAUUUUAUUUGCCCCUCGUCGAGGCUCUACUUUCCAGGCUUUCAGAGACAUAGCCCAGAAACAGUUCCAAAUAGACGUCAAAGAAAUGUACAGCUUGGAGGUCUGGGAUCUCCAUUGUAAGAUGAAGUCCACUGACAGUGGUUUAUAUGAUGAGAAUAUCCAUUUUCCACUCUUGAUGACUUUAAAAAAGCCAAGCUGACACAUCCCUCUAUUGAAACUGAAUUUCCUGUCUGUGAUAAUUCAAGAUACUCACUUCAAACAGAAUUCCAGAAGAAUCAAGAAGUAAGCCAGGAGGCCAUUAAUCUGUCAAUGUAGUUAUAUCACUACAUUUGAUAAUUUUUAUAUAAAAUUAAGUAACGAA